GUGAUGAAUACAUUUACUGGAGAUCCUAUUCUCUCUACUGUAGCCUCUGGUAAUAUUUCUAAAAAAGAUAUGAACCCUCAUCAAAGUCUCAAGUUAACAGAUGAAGCCUGUAAAGCUGUCCUUGAAAGAUGUCAAGAAGCCAAAGAAGCAGCAGCAUCUCUUAAUCGAUUACUUGGGACUAAAGUGAAUGAAGCUCCUCAUUCUAUUAUGAAACUAGUUAAACCCAUUAUAGAUAAAUUACAUGAAUUAGAAACGUGUAGGGCUUCUCGAGAGCAAGAAGUCAAUCAUCUACGAAUGGUUGCAGAGGAAUCUUUGAAAUUACUUUCGAAAACGAAACCCUCAUCUCCGAAUUUAGACUCUUCUGAUAGGGAAGGGCGUAAAAAAAUGUUAAUCAUUCGACGUGGAGCAGAAGAAGCAUCCCAACAUGGAGACGAUUUACCACUUCGUAUGCUCUCAGAAUGUGAAACUAUAUCCAAAGCAAUUAGUAAAUUGCGAAAAUCAUUUUUAGACAAUAUACAAAAGCAAGAGGAAAUAACAAACUUCGAAACUCUUGUGGACGCAAUAUGCCAAGAAAUGAAUAAAAUGAAUCAAAACUAUUCAAAGAAACAACAAGAAGUAGAUACUCUACGUGCGGCCGCAGAGGAAUCUUUAAAAUCUCUUGAGAACCCUCAAAGAUUUACUACCACAACGUUAUUAAAUCCUUUAUAUAAGGAAGAACGUAAAAAGACUUUUGCUGUUCUCCGUGCUGCAGAAGAGGCAGACCAUCAUGGAGAUAGUUUACCGCUUCGAUUACUCUCUAACUGUGAGGCUUCUGCAAAGGCAUUUCAAAAACUUCGAAAACUCUUACAAGAGAAUGUAGAGCAACAGCAACAGGAAGAGACCAUGAGUCUUCAAGCUAUUGCGGACGCAAUUUGUCAACAGGUAAAAACACUUCGUGAAGAACUUCUUAAGGGAAAUGGUGAACUUGGCAAAUUACGAGCCUUAGAGGAUGAGAAGGGACGAUUAUUGAAUGAACUCCGAUCUCAUGAUGAGCGGUGGGAAUUACCAUCAUUAUCAUCAUUAUCCUCCUCAUCUUCAUUGAAGCGUGGAGGUAAAAGUAUGAAAAGUCACCACACCAAACAAUUUGAUGGUACUGGAUGGAAAGAUAUCCUCCAACACAAACCAGCAGAAUUGCAGCGAUCUUUUAUUAUAGAUGCAGUGAAUGCAUGUCAUGUAGAUCCAGAUUCUCUUACCAAUAUUCAUAUGACUGCAGAAGAAUCUUCUCUACUCGUAGAGUUUGAUGUUCAGCAUGAUCCCUCAAUAACAACAGAGGAAAUAGCGAGACGCAUUAAUGAAUUCCCAUUCCGUGCAGUUAAACGAAUGUAUGAUCGUCGUUCUGCACCUAAGGAUGGUAUGGAUUUACUUCAGGAACAACUCACAGAGAAGGAAAAGGAGGUGGAAACAUUACGUUUAACGAUGGAAGUAGUUAUUGAAAGUCUUGAAAAACCGAAUGCAAAGAAAACAAAUCUUCAAGGACAACACGCCGCAGAAGAAGCGGCACAUCGUGGUGAUAAUAAACCAUUACAAUUACUAAAUAAUUGUGAAUCUAUAAUAAGAGCACUUGAAAAAUUACGAAA